AUGCCGACUUUUGGCAUACUAUUCCUCCGUAAAGAUGUCCGAAGAGGGAAAUUAGCACAGGAAACUGCAGGUGCGUGUGUCAAAAAUGGAGAACAGUCCAAGACGGCAAGAGGAGAGGAAAAGAUGUGGCCGUCGAUCAAAAGGAGCGCUUACAGCGAAGACACUGACACAACUCAGUCGCUCGCCCUUUGCCCUACCUCGUCACCUUGCAGGCUUACAGAGUUGCAGAGCCCGAAAGCCGGCCAGCAGACGACAUUUGAGGCUUGA